AUGGAGGCAGCUGCCAAGACAGAACUGGGGGCUGCAAUUGCCAAAGUUGAAGAUGGCGCUUUGGUGUCAGGAGUGAACGGGAUCUUUGCGGUUCUCAAGAAGCACGGACUCCUCCAUGAAGUGGUGAUUGAACCCGACUACGUCGGCGUUCAUCAUAUGAACCGGGACGGUUUCGGCAUUAGCGUUCAAGACGCCCAUGACCUGAUGAGCCACAUUCUGGAGAUAGGCUGGGCAUCGGAGCAGUGCGCGCCAGUUGCGUGUGAAGUGCCUCCUGCAGAGGCAGAGCAUGCAUUCGACUUCAACUGCAGGCUUGACGGAAAGAUGUCCAUGCAGAGAAUCGCCACCCGAGACCCCAUCUUCGGGGAGGUUUGCCGGACGGGGCUCCGUUGGCGAGUCAUUGCGCAUGAAGCCGUGACCGCAUUUCCGUCCAUGGCAUUGCUGGUGCAAGCAGCCCUCAACACGUCCGGCCAGCUCGCCCGUGGAGAGCACGAGCUGCAGAUCCUGCAGCGCGAUCAGUACCUUCAUCUCCGGCACGCCAUGUUGCUGGCUGCGUACACCGGCCCGGAGAAAUUGCUCUCCCCAGCAGACGCACGCAAGCUGCACAGUAAGGACCUGAAAGUGCAGAUGAAACGAGAGCACCAUGAAGAUGGUCGGAUUGCCAGCCAUUUGUCCUUGUUGGAAGAGCGUGGGUUUGGACUUGAGUGUUGGGUUCAACGAAAGAAGGAUAAGGCUUUUGGGCAAAUCAGGGAUGUCAAAGAGAACAUGGUUGUCUUGCACAUCGAGAGCGGACCACUCACAGGGUUGGCUCAGGUAAAUCUUGACGCAUUUCUCAAAGGUGAGUGGCGCGCAGCCAAGCCACCGGCUGAGACACAGGAGUUGGAAGGCUUCCAGAACCACACGGCGCAGCACUGUCAUGAGGGAUUGGUGAAGGUGACAGUUGGAGUCCUUGUUGAGAAGCUGACCUUCCUCGAGGGCAGUCGCAUUUCCGUCUACGAUGGCCUCAAGGUCAUGCUGAAGCCUUCAAAGAACAUUGUCACGACCAAGUCUUUCGCCCCUAAGAAGCUUGUGCUGGUACCAACAACACUGAAGGUGGAGGUAAGGGAAGACCCUCCUGCAGGGUACGUCUCUGUCGGGCGUGUCGGGACAGACAUGAGCUUUUGCUUGGGCCCCAUGUUCGCGUUGCCCACCGAUGGCAAGACAGGCUUUGUCUCGCCGUUUUGGCUGGUGCGUCAAACACACAAGUCAGAUGAGGCAAAUGUCGAGUUGAGCACAGUGAUCGAUCCAACUGACAAGAACAGCAAAAUGUCAAUCCCAGUUCUUGUCAACCCCCAUGCGAUCCCAGAGGGCACGGUUUUGAUGCGGUAUGUUGCCAAGCCACCAGUUGAGACAGAAGAGCUUGUCCCACUGGCAUCCAAGAGGCUCAAAUCAGUGAACUUUGAGAUAGCACCAGCAAACGCAUGGAUGGAGAAGGAUGAACAGUCAUCCACAGAGGCGUGCCCGGGAGAGUUGGCCAUCCUCACUUCGAUGUGGUUCGUCAUCACCAAUGACAAGAAGUGGAAGUGGACUGAGCCUGACAUCAUCACCAAGAAUGGAUUGCACUAUAUCAAGAUCAGCAAGUGGGACCGCAACUUUGUUCGCUUUGCAACAGGGAGGUCGUUGGACCUUCGAGAUUGUCGAAGCUCAGGGGCAAACGCAAAAGUGUUGGAUGACAUCGUGACCAAGCGGAACAGUGCCUCUAAGCAGGCAAUUGAACAAGAACUUGCUUUGCUAGCGAAAGAUGCCGACGGGGACCAGGGGCAGAAGCUUAAGAGGAAAGUGCGGCCAGAAGACGGAGAUCUUCUGAACACCCCGUUUGUCAGCGUGGACCUUCCUGAGUUCGAGCACGAAGGCAAGCUCUACGGACCCCUUUUCCCAAAGAUCCUCUGGGCAGUCACAGGGGCAUCCUUCUACAUUGAGGCCAUCGAGGUGAACUUGCUCUAUAUCAAGCACGCAGUGAUGCUGGGCCUGGAGACCGGAGAACUCGGACGCAGCCGAGCCCCAAAGGCAAAGGGGUCGCCAAAAAAGAGGGGCAGAAAGCCCAAGGCUAAGAUGUCACCCAUGAAGUCUUCGUCGAAAGGUUCACCCAUGAAGGCUUCUCCGAAGAAGCUGAAGCCGUGA